AUGGCUCAAGGUGUAAAAGUUGUUCUGGAGGAGUGGAAAUGUCUGGAAGAGGAGUACCAACAACUUCAGGAGACACACAGAAUGUACAUACAGAAACUGGAUGAAGUUUCCAAACUACAAGACAACUGCUCUUCCUCCAUUUCCAGGCAGCGCAAGAGACUGAGGGAGGUGUCCCACCUCGUGAAAAAAUGCAGCAAAGGUUCAUCAGAGGAAGACGCUAAGACCUUGGAUGAAGUAAAUGAGAAGAUGAAGACUCGACUGAAUUCUUUCUUUGAAAUGGAAGCUUUCCUCCCCAAAAAAAAUGGGUUGUACCUCAGUCUGGUUCUUGGAAAUGUGAAUGUCACUCUUUUUAGCAAGCAGUCAAAAUUUGCCUACAAAGAUGAAUAUGAGAAGUUCAAACUGUACCUCACAGUCCUCCUGCUGCUGUUCUCCUUCAUAUGCUAUUUCUUUGUGAGCUACAGAUUUUUUGAUGCGAUCCUUAAUUUCCUGCUGUUGUGGUACUAUUGCACAUUAACUAUCAGGGAAAGCAUCCUCAUCACCAACGGCUCCAGAAUCAAAGGCUGGUGGGUUUUUCAUCACUACAUCUCAGCUUUUUUGUCCGGUGUGAUGCUGACAUGGCCAGAUGGGAACCUGUACAAGACAUUUAGGAAUCAGUUCCUUGCCUACUCUUUGUAUCAAAGUUUUGUUCAGUGUCUGCAGUGCUAUUAUCAGAGUGGAUGCCUGUACAGGCUGCGAGCCCUCGGAGAAAGACACAACAUGGACCUGACCGUGGAGGGAUUUCAGUCGUGGAUGUGGAAAGGGCUGACGUUUCUGCUACCCUUCCUGUUUUUUGGCCAUUUCUGGCAGCUCUUCAAUGGCCUCGCACUCUUCAGGAUGGCUCAGCUCCCAGACUGUAAAGAAUGGCAGGUCCUGAUGUGUGGUCUCUGCUUCCUCAUUUUGUUCAUGGGGAAUUUCUUCACAACUGUUGCUGUGGUCCGUCACAAGGUCAAGAGCAGGAAUCAGAAACCAAAGACUCUGUGAUACAUAUAAAAAAAAUUUUUUUACACAAUGUUGACUCACAUGCUCCUCUCCAAAUAAAAAACUCAUACCAUUUUUGCCAUCAUUAACAUUAUUUACCAUGUUAUCAAAUAGUAAUACACAACUGUUAUAGCAAAACAUAUGCAGCAUGGCUUCAUAAAUGUAUUAAGACGUUUCAUGUAAAAUCUGUCAUCAUUAAAGGUUAA